AUGGCCUCUAAAGGUUCAGGGAGUCUUCCAAGUUUUAUCUCCGGGUACUAUGGACCAAAUUCCAGCAGUUCAAGAGCCUUUGAAAGCUUGGUGAGAGCUAUCGGAGAAGCAAAGUCGAAACAGGCGAGUGCAUUACAUCAUUUUGGUCCUUUGCAUGCUGAUUGAAAGUAAGAAAUAAGUUAUCUAAGUUUAAUUUUCAAUCCUCACUACCGCUCAAGUAGAAAAAUGUUGCAGACUUCUUUGUUGCAGAUGCACUAUUUCUGUGAUGCUAAGUGUACGUGAAAGUCAAAUUGGCGUGACAGUGCUCAGUUUUACAUUUCCAGAGUAAUUUUUGUCACUGCUCCUCUGGAAUUUGUAUUUCAGUAGGAAAGAAUCAGAUACUUCAAGUAAUUUGUAAAGAGGUUGAAAGUGUAUUCGGCCACUAACCGUUGCAGCUUUUGUUUUCCUUUGAAGAUCAUUUAAGUGAAAAAUGAAACAAGUGAAUUUAUUGAGGCUCUCCUUGUUUAGGAAGAGGACAGAAUCGCCAGGAAAGAACUUGCUGUAUUAAAAGAGAAAUUAAUUCAACCAGACACUUCAGCGGUAAGUUAGUUCCGUUUUUAUUUACGUGUUGAUGAAAUUUACUGGACUACAUGAAACCAUACUUUGAAUUUACAUAAUGUAAGCUUACAGGUGUAAGUCCAAGAGAGAAAUCACAAAAAAUCCAUUAAUGGGAUGCUUCAACAUUAUGAAUUAAAUGAAUCUCUACUAUGUGGUGUUUUUCUUUAGAAGCAAAUGCGAGAGUAUCUUGUGCGUCUUAUCUACUGUGAAAUGCUGGGUCAUGAUGUAUCCAUUGGUUACAUUGAAGCCAUCAAGUUUGCGCAGCAGUCAAACCUUUUGUACAAGAGGGUUGGUAAGCAACAAGUUUGUGUACCUAAAAGAGAGAGUGAAUUUUAGCAAGUGAGUGAAAUGUAAAAAUAAUUAGCCACAAUCCUGUAGUCUUUAGGUCAGAGGGAAGCUUAUUUAACAGGUUAUUUAAACCUCGGAGUCUUCAAUGGUAAAACUUAGCCUCUACUCUACAUAUACAACAAUACCCCAUCCCACUCUUUUUUUUCUUUUAAUCCCUAUCUGUUCUUUAUACAUUUUGUAUAGUUCUAUUAUUGUUCUCUAUACAUUUCAUAUAGUUCUAUUACUGUUUGCUAUGCAUUUCCUAUGGUGUUAAUACUGUUCUCUAUACAUUUCCUAUUACUGUUCUCUAUACAUUUCCUAUUACUGUUUGCUAUGCAUUUCCUAUGGUGUUAAUACUGUUCUCUAUACAUUUCCUAUGGUGUUAAUACUGUUCUCUAUACAUUUCCUAUGGUGUUAAUACUGUUCUCUAUACUUUUCCUAUUACUGUUCUCUAUACAUUUCCUAUUACUGUUUGCUAUGCAUUUCCUAUGGUGUUAAUACUGUUCUCUAUACAUUUCCUAUGGUGUUAAUACUGUUCUCUAUACAUUUCCUAUGACCUGUUAAUACUGUUCUCUAUACAUUUCCUAUGGUGUUAAUACUGUUCUCUAUACAUUUCCUAUGGUGUUAAUACUGUUCUCUAUACAUUUCCUAUGGUGUUGAUACUGUUCUCUAUACAUUUCCUAUGGCUUUAAUACUGUUCUCUAUACAUUUCCUAUGGUAUGAUACUGUUCUCUAUACAUUUCCUAUGGUGUUAAUACUGUUCUCUAUACAUUUCCUAUGGUGUUAACACUGUUCUCUAUACAUUUCCUAUGGUGUUAAUACUGUUCUCUAUACAUUUCCUAUGGUGUUAAUACUGUCCUCUAUACAUUUCCUAUGACCUGUUAAUACUGUUCUCUAUACAUUUCCUAUGGUGUUAAUACUGUUCUCUAUACAUUUCCUAUGGUGUUAAUACUGUUCUCUAUACAUUUCCUAUGGUGUUAAUACUGUUCUCUAUACAUUUCCUAUGGUGUUGAUACUGUUCUCUAUACAUUUCCUAUGGUGUUAAUACUGUUCUCUAUACAUUUCCUAUGGUGUUAAUACUGUUCUCUAUACAUUUCCUAUGGUGUUGAUACUGUUCUCUAUACAUUUCCUAUGGUGUUAAUACUGUUCUCUAAAAAGUAUACAUUUCUUAUGGUGUUAAUACUGUUCUCUAUACAUUUCCUAUGGUGUUAAUGCUGUUCUCUAUACAUUUCUUAUGGUGUUAAUACUGUUCUCUUUACAUUUCCUAUGGUGUUGAUACUGUUCUUUAUACAUUUCCUAUGGUAUUAAUACUGUUCUCUAUACAUUUCUCAUGGUGUUAAUACUGUUCUCUAUAUAUUUCCUAUGGUGUUAAUACUGUUCUCUAUACAUUUCCUAUGGUGUUGAUACUGUUCUCUAUACAUUUCCUAUGGUGUUGAUACUGUUCUCUAUACAUUUCCUAUGGUGUUAAUACUGUUCUCUAUACAUUUCCUAUGGUGUUGAUACUGUUCUCUAUACAUUUCCUAUGGUGUUAAUACUGUUCUCUAUACAUUUCCUAUGGUGUUAAUACUGUUCUCUAUACAUUUCCUAUGGUGUUGAUACUGUUCUCUAUACAUUUCCUAUGGUGUUAAUACUGUUCUCUAUACAUUUCCUAUGGUGUUAAUACUGUUCUCUAUACAUUUCCUAUGGUGUUAAUACUGUUCUCUAUACAUUUCCUAUGGUGUUAAUACUGUUCUCUAUACAUUUCCUAUGGUGUUAAUACUGUUCUCUAUACAUUUCCUAUGGUGUUAAUACUGUUCUCUAUACAUUUCCUAUGGUGUUAAUACUGUUCUCUAUACAUUUCCUAUGGUGUUAAUACUGUUCUCUAUACAUUUCCUAUGGUGUUAAUACUGUUCUCUAUACAUUUCCUAUGGUGUUGAUACUGUUCUCUAUACAUUUCCUAUGGUGUUAAUACUGUUCUCUAUACAUUUCCUAUGGUGUUAAUACUGUUCUCUAUAUAUUUCCUAUGGUGUUGAUACUGUUCUCUAUACAUUUCCUAUGGUGUUAAUACUGUUCUCUAUACAUUUCCUAUGGUGUUAAUACUGUUCUCUAUACAUUUCCUAUGGUGUUGAUACUGUUCUCUAUACAUUUCCUAUGGUAUUAAUACUGUUCUCUAUACAUUUCUCAUGGUGUUAAUACUGUUCUCUAUAUAUUUCCUAUGGUGUUAAUACUGUUCUCUAUACAUUUCCUAUGGUGUUGAUACUGUUCUCUAUACAUUUCCUAUGGUGUUGAUACUGUUCUCUAUACAUUUCCUAUGGUGUUAAUACUGUUCUCUAUACAUUUCCUAUGGUGUUAAUACUGUUCUCUAUACAUUUCCUAUGGUGUUAAUACUGUUCUCUAUACAUUUCCUAUGGUGUUAAUACUGUUCUCUAUACAUUUCCUAUGGUGUUAAUACUGUUCUCUAUAUAUUUCCUAUGGUGUUAAUACUGUUCUCUAUACAUUUUGCGUGUUAUUACAGGUUACCUAGCUGUAUCGCUGUUUCUCCAUGAAAACCAUGAACUUAUUGUAUUGCUGAUCAACACAAUCCAAAAGGUUUGUGUCAUGGUUUACAUGUAUCCGUGUUACUUGAAACAACAGCCUUGAGUGCUAAUACAGAGCACUUACAAGUAAAUGUCUGCACUAUGUUAAUUUAACUGUUUUGCGAUUGCCAUUGAGGUAAAAAGUAUGCAUGUGACAUUUCCUCAUAAUUCUGUUACUGAUAUGAAUAUACUGGCCAGGUGCAUUUGUCAACAUUGAUAUCACUGAUUUCAAAGUUUGUGACUCUCCUUUAGAAAUUUUAUGGAUAGUGGAUCAUCUGACAACAAUAUGUAUAAAAAAAAGUUACUUAUGCUUAUUCAUUCAAAACUGCACUUGAAAUCAUGUGCAUUUUGGUACCUGUAUACCAAUGCUAGUCUCCCUUCAGGUUGUGAAAACAUCAUUCAGCACAAGUUAGAGUGCUCAAGUUGUGAAAAUGUCACUCACUACUACACUGUAGUUCUGAUCAAGUUGUUGAAUCAAGGGUCAUUUCUACCAAUAACUGUCCUCUACAAGACUUUAAUCUCACAGGGACAAUCAAGCUUUAUAGUGAAGUGGUUGAGUUAAUACUUGGUGCAUAUUUUCAGGAAAGGCAUAACAUAAUUUUCAUGAUUAGUCAACUAAAUUACUAAUUUGAUAUAAUCUACCAUAUUAGUAGCAUAUUUAACUAGUCAUUAUGUAUAUGGAGAAAUUACAACCAUUUUAAAUUCAAGUUAGUAUAUUGUAUUUGUAUUUUUAGGAUCUGCACAGUACAAAUGUUGCAGAAGUGUGCUAUGCACUUACAGUUCUAUGUAAGUUGAUUAACAAAGACAUGAUGCCUGCCUUGCUUCCACAAGUCCUAGAACUGGUUCAGAAUAAAAGGUUUGUAUUGAAUGUCAAGUUUGUGUGCAGCAUGUAGUUAACACAAACUUAACAGAAUUUUGAUUUAUAAUUGUAUUGUAACUGUUUAUCUAGUGUGAGGUGAAACUGCAUAAUGUGGAUUGGCAGAGACAGUGUGCAUUGUUUUUUUUGUAAUCUAAUAUUUUCCAUAUUAGCGAAUGACUUCUCAUCAGAAGCUUUAUGUAUUUAUCAUUAAGAGGCUGCAACUGGUGAAAUAGGCCUUUUUUAUCCAAAUCUUAUUGAAAGAGAGAUAUUAGUGAGAGGCCAUACAUGUUCUGUUUUUUUAACAGAUGCUACUGACAAUGAAAUUAUUUUCAAGUGAAGACAUUGUCUUUCAUUUACUGAUAGAGAUAUUAUACGGAAGAAAGCAGUGAUGGCAUUACAGAAUCUGCACAGGAAAAAUCCCUCAGCUAUUCCUAAUGUGAAAGAGCUUGCCAUGAAAGCUAUUUGUGACAAAGAUCCUGGUGUGGUGUCAUCUUCACUGCAUGUCUUCUAUGAAUUGGUCAAGGUAUGUUGGAGAAGGGGCUACAGUGGUAAAGAUUGAGACAGACUAACAUAGAGAACAUUUUGUAGCAACUUGUCUCAGUUUUGAGCUGACUUUGGUUGUAACACCUCAAAGGCAUUUAAAAGUUUUACUUAUGCAUAGCACUCAUACACAUACACAGGUCGGAAUUUUUUUUUUUUCAAAACAAUGCAAAAGAAAGCAAGCAGACUGUGUAGAGUAACAAAAGCAAAAACACACUCAAGACAUGCGAUUUGACAUGUGGUUUUUUUUGUGCAAAAUGCAAAAAACGUCAAGGUUUUGCAUGUGUGUUGGCCAUCUACCUCUGAGUUGUACCUCAUUGUAUACACAAAUUUAAACCAGUUUAAAGUGUGAGACUUGUCUUAGGGGUAAAUCUUGUCACCUUCACAAAUACUGUAUUUUCAAAGCACUUUAACAAAAAACUUUGACAAAACAGCAUCAGCAAGUUACUUGUCAUCCUGUCAGGUCAACCCUUCUGGAUACAAGGACCUUGUGUCAGGGUUUAUCAGCCUACAGAAGGCUGUACUAGAAGGAAAAAUUGCAAAAGAGUAUGAUUAUCAUGGAGUAGCAGCACCUUGGAUUCAGAUGAAGAAUUUGCGACUGAUGGCAUUGCUUGGAGCAGAUGAUCAAAAGUAGGUCUUUAUGCAUUAACAGUGUAAGUAGCCUGCAGCUGUGUGGCCAUUGAUAAUUAAAGUUAAAAAUUGGCUCAGUUUUAGAAGAGAGGUUAUCAAUAAAUUUGAGAAGUAAGAGUUGAAGCAUGGAAGUAAAAAAAGGGAGCAAAAGAUUUUUGAAAAAAGAAGACAAGAAAAAUGAUGGAGAGGGAAGAAUAUGGUAUGAUAUUGUUGGUGGUUAAUUGAAGCAUUCCACUUCAUUACUGAAUUUAAUCUGACAGAAAAUGAAAAAAAUGUUGGGUGAAUGUCAUACUGAGAGUAAGAUCAAAAAUAAGGGGGUUGAUAUAUGCGGUUCCUACUAUUACAGACUGAAAAAUCUAUAGGUUAGGAUUUGUAGUAUUCCCUGUUUUCAAAGUAAGUGACUUUACAUGUGAGUAACACACUUGAUAUAUUUUAUGAAGCAACUGACCAAAGCAACUUUCUCAAGACUUUACUUAUAAUAAUUAUAAGUUAUAAAUAAAUUAUUUAUUUUGAUUUUUUUCCAAAAGAUAUGUUUUCAAAAUUCGAGUUGCCAAACUCAAAGUGUGGCUUAUCUGCUCUUGUGGCUUACUUGCUGGUGUUUACAGUAUGUUGUAUUUAGGAAAAAAUUAUAAUUUUACACAUGCUUUAUAGUUUUUCUUUUAUGUUGUUUUAGAUUUUUCCUCCAAUUGAUAAGUUCUUUUUUUUCCCUCUAGAACUAGCAAGAAAUUGUACCCAAUAUUAGGAUCCACUCUGUCAAAGCUACAUACCAACUCUCUCAUAAGUUAUGGUAAGCUAAUCUAGAGAAGUUAAUAUCUCAUAACUGACCUCUGAGAAGUGAGCACUUUGAAAUGCUAAUUUCUUGUUUUGUUCCUUCAGCUGUGGCCUACGAGUGUACAAGGACAAUAACAAGCAUUUAUCCCGACAAGAGUUUGAUUGAUAAGGCCGGUAAAUGUGUUGGAUUGUUUCUUGUAGCAAAAACAAAUGAUAUCAAAUACCUUGGUAAGUUAUUCGAUUUAAUGAAAUAUUCUUUGAUUUUAACUGAAAGCCUUAUUUUCAGCGCUGCUUAAGUGGUGUUUAGUACUUCCAAGGUCGCUUUCAUAUUCAUAUCUUAAACCUUUAACUCCCAGAAGUGAUUAACAUGAACCUGGGGUCAAAUUCCAUACAGGCCUCAAUUUCUUUUCUCACGCUUUUUUUUUUUCACUACUGUUUAAGUAGUGUUUAUUACCGCGAAGAUCGCCUUUAUGUUCAUUCAUUUAUGUUUGUUGGUUACACGGCCUUGGAUCCGGCUGACGUGAUAAACAAAAAGAAGAUGGGAGUGUAUUCGAAGAUGGCUGCGGAAAAUUAUGGUUUUUGUGAAUGUAGCAUUUUGUUUGUCAAUAUUGAACUUAAGCCCUAAGACAGAUCUCCUUUAGUGCGUGACAGAUUCAACAGGGAAAGAGGAGAAUUAUGCUCAUUGUCUAUAGGUUUAUUUGCUCUGUUUCACAGGCAUAAACAUUCUAACUUCCCUAAUCCAAAUGGGAAGUGGUUUUGUCAUGGAGCCGUCUUACCAGCGCAUUGUUAUUGACUGCCUUGACGACCCUGAUGAGACGCUGAAAAGAAAGGUAUACUGCUCAUGAGGAAGUUGUAACUUCAAAUUCUUGAAACUCAUUUGCAAAAACAAAAAAAAAAACAAAAAAAAAAACACACACACACAACAACUGGCGGGUAGAAUCGGGAGUUCAAGGGAAAAGGUAGAGCGAGGAAUGGAAUGAAGUACUGUUUGUUAUUUCAAUGCUAAAAUCCACCAGAACUCAUUACUGAUAACUACAUCGUAUCAAUAAUUCGGUAUUCAGUCGUUUCGUACCAACGGUCGUUUCGUACCCGACGUCAGUCGAAUCGUAACCAGUUUGAGUCGGUUCGUACCCAUCCCAACAUACAUUCAUUCGAAAUACCUGCAGAUGUCGAUUUUUGUUUGGGAUGAAUUAGUAGAGUCAAGCAAGAUACAAGCGAAAUUCUGUUGUAUAUACUUAUGACCUUCUAAAAAAUGUAUAUUUGUUUUCUUUCUAGACUUUGGAUCUCUUAUGCCAUAUCACAAAUGCGUCAAACGUUGAAACAGUUUGCGAGAAACUGUUAUCUUAUUUAAAGUCAACAACAGAUUCAUAUUUCAGAACAGAAUUGGUGGACAGGAUAACAGAGCUUGCUGAAAGAUAUCCUUUUAAACCACAGUGAACCAGUCACCUUUAAUUUCUUUAGCGUGCCAAAUUUUUAAGUUAAGAGAAAUGUAACGAAGGAACUAAAAAAUGAACUUUGUGUCGCGUUGUAGAGAGAAAUCCGUAUUUAUUACGGUUAAUGUAGUUUGACGAUGUAAAAAAGAUAGGAUUGGGUUAACCGCAACGAGGUCAUUAUAGAAUUGUUGGUUACUUUCUUGUUUGAGCGGCCCUGUGAUCUGAGUGGUUCUUUAGGUUAUAUAAUAAAUACCUGAAGGUGUCUGAUUAUCAUUACAAAUGAUUUGUACUUCCGUAAAGCACCGGAGGUACUAAUCGGAAGGCCGUAGGUUCGGCUCCUAUUGUGAGAAUUCGGAAUUCGUUUGUCAUUCGCUGAAUAACAUCGUCUUUCAGUCUGUGUUGUAUCCUUGACACUACUCACAUAUGCGCCGGACAAUACAUGGUUUAUCCUGACCAUCAAUGAAGUGUUUGAACUUGGUGGAUCUCUGGUCAGAGAGGGCGUGGCACACAACUUGAUGCGUCUUCUAGCGGAAGGUAUGCCAUGCUCUAAAUAAACAUAAUCUUAACACUUGUAUGCACAUCUAAAACCUGUUUUAACUUGUAAUGACUGUUAUUGCGGGGAUUAUGGGAGAAACAAUAAAAGCAACAACGUUCACGAUAACAUGGAACAACGUUGGCUCUUUGUGUAGUAGUGUUCAACCGUUUACCGAGAAGCCACGUUCAAGCCUCGUUGAAUUUUGAAUCUGAAGGGUCUUUUUUAUGGAAAAUGCUUAUGUACAGUACCUCAGCUUUUCUCUCACGUUUCUCUUUGCAGGGAAUGAAGACGAAGAAGCAGACAAUGAAAUGCGUCGAUUUGCAGUGCUUAGCUACAUUGACCUACUUGAAAAACCUGUUUUACCAGAUAUUCUAGUUUGGAUUAUUUGCUGGGUGAGUUUGAUUACAAGACUACACUUAUGUUGCAUGUUGCUGUCUUGCAGCUUACGAUUGGUUGUUUUCAGUCACAAAUGACGAACGUUGUCAACAGAGAAGGCAGAGUACAAGAAAGUGUCAGCGACCGAUUCACGAUUGGUGUUAGAUUGGUAUCUUUUUUUUUUACUUUUUUAAGCUGAGCGAUUUUGAGUUGAGAUUUUUUUUAAGUGAAGAGAUGGUCGAAAGUGUUUUCCGAUCAAAUGCACAGCGAAGUAACGCAGAACGUUAUGUGUAGUCCCAGGUUUCUUUCGAAAAUGAAAAACUUUCAUUACUUGAGAUUUGCAAAUUUCUGUGAGUUCCUAAUCAGUCAAAGUCUAAAUGGUGAAGUGUCCAAAUGAAUGUAAUUAUCGUAUUGUAUGACUUAAGGUAUCUUAUUUGAUUGAAUCGUUGUUGGGUUUAAAAAUGUAUGCUGUUCCCCUGAAGGUGCUGGGUGAAUAUUCUUACACGGCUCCGGACUAUGAACCGGCAUUCGUACUUGAGCAGCUGUUCUCUUUGAUGGAGAGGAAGUUUGAAGGUAAAACCAGACUGAUUUUUGCUCUUAAAACUAUUGUACGCUCAAAUUUCAGAGAUCGUAGACUCGUAUUGUGAUUUGCGCUAAGGGAUAUUUAGCGCUUUCCUUGUUUGACAUCGGUUUGACGUUACUGUUGGCUCAGACCCUCGUAUCAAUUAAUUGUUCAUAUAGCAGUUACAACAUGUUAAGACAUUGCUUGAUUGAUGUAGAUCCCAGCACUAAAGCUUGGAUUGUGACCGCUGUUGGAAAACUGACGUCGCAGAUUGGACAGAUGCAUGCUGCUACAAGAGAUAUGUUAGAAAAACACAUGGGUGGUGUGGAUGUUGAACUCAGACAGGUUGGUAUAUGAUUCACUGGAAGCUUUCUUGUGAGGUACAGUGUAGCACUAUGUGUCCUGUGUGACUCUCUUGCGCAAGUACUGUUUAGCUUUAGUUUAUUCAUGGUGUUCAGAACUCUUGUGACACUAACCAUUCGAAACUGAAUCUUACGAAGACCCGGCAUCCUCAACUUUUCCUAGAUUUUGGAGUCAGUAUUCCCUCAGAAAUUCAGAGAUCGAACGUGUUUUCUUUUGUUGUUUUGUUCUUCACUGAGCAAUUUGUUUUGCACAUAUAUUUUCUCUUAGCGUUGUUCGGAGAUUCAAGAGCUUUCUCAAAACACAUUCCUUAUGCAAAGCGUUCUUCCCAUUGAUGGCUGCUGUGAGGAUCUGGAGGUGAGUCGUGUAGUAUUUACAAUUAUGAUAAAUUAAGGAGAAACAUUCUUGGUUACCAUCUAUUGCUUUAAUAUUAGAAGAACAUUGAUUUCCACAUUGAGCAAACUCGCCUUGCUAAAUGUUAAGAACCACCGGCACAGAAUAGCCAGUAUAGAACCAAACAGGACGAGCAGCUUUACCGACAGAUAGAAACCAAACAAUCAAUAUCGACGCGAACAACCAAUUAGGCAAACAAAAAAAUGACCAAAUAUUUUUGACGAACAAGACUUUGAACACUUUUCUGUCAAACACCUUUUCAGUGGGCCGUGAUAUUGACUUCCGCUGUCGAAACAUUAGUCACUCUAUUUACUACUUUGCCCGCGCUCAGACCUUUUCAUGAUCGAAGAAUAUUUAAUAUACAGCAAUGUUUACCAAAUGUCCGAAUUACUAAAUGUUAAACACAUUCAUGUCAGCUUUUUUUGUCUUCUUUUUCGCGUAAUUUGUUCGUUUCAUUGAAAAUUUCAGGUAGACGAGUCACUGUCUUUCUUGGAUGAUGUAGUAUCGGAAGCUCUUUCCAAAGGAGCUUCUCCAUACAAAGCCGUAAGCGAACGAAGGACAGACGCAAGAAUUAAAGGUUUGCACGGCAUAGUGUACUCAAAAAGAUUAGUUAACUUUCAGUUAUGCUUUGUUAUAGCGGUUUAGAUUGGGAUCAGCUUGGAAAAAAAAUUGUAAACGCACUCUAAUUUAAUCUUAAUUAUAAUAUGUGCUGAAGAGUGGUCAUAGAUAAGCGUUAGAGUCAUCUUUCUUUUUGUGCGUGCUGUAGAUGUUUCUGAGUCAGAGCCAACUCUUAAAUUCACACCUUACGAGAAUCCCAUGGAACAGCCAAGGAAACCGCCAGCAGAACCUGUUGUAAGCACCGCAACACAGAAGAAAACCAAGCCAAGAAACAAGGAAACUAAAAUGAAAGAUACAGCUCUCUCGCAGGUCAAGGAAGUGCCUCCUACAAGUACCAAACUCUUUGCCGGACAGGCUGUUUGGGGGCCUGGGGGCUACACAAGAGAUCGUGCUCAGUCUGGAUCCGUGGAGUCUAGUAGUAAAUCUGACUCGUCGUCGCGGAGCUCGGGGUCUGACAGACAAAUAGCUCCCAGGAGUCAAGCUGAGGUGAGAUUUUGUUUGCGCCUUUUUUGCCAUGAUAGUUCCCUUUGUAAGUUCUAUUUUAUCGACUGAUUGUCUAUGUGACUACGACAUGUUCUAAGGGUUUGAAACAUGUUGAAAUCCUCUUCACUUUGUGGUUGGAAUUUCCGUAUUCCGACUGGUAAUGUUUACAUUAUUUGCCUCGGCAUUAAAUUUUGGACGUACAGCAACAGAAUUACUCUAAAUACCUUCAAAUAAAGCUUCAAAUAAAUUAAAUAAAACUACGACAGAACCUCUCACAUUGAAAUCAAAACCAGGAAAUCAUACUACCUCAAUUUUAAAUUAGCUAAUAUGGAUUAAUGGCACAAUCCAAAAAAAAAAAUCAAGUCUUGCCCCUAUCCUUAUAUGGCCCCAAUAUAAGGAAAAGAAAAGGAAGUUCAUAUGUUGUUUUUUGACCACCAUGUACUUGUGUUUUUUCUUUGAAUGCAGCUGUUAGUUUCCAUUUAUUGUUUGUUUGCAACACUACUCUCUGAUUAAUUAAACUACUUAUUGAGUUGCGGUCGGAACCUUUUUAUUUUGUUUUAAAAUAAUUUACUUUGAAAUUACUUACGGAGCGAGAGCUUUAAACAAGAAGAGAUUGGGACGAGACAGGUUGACGAGAGGGAGAUAAACCAGAGAUAAACCAGUUUUCAAACUGUGCCGUUUAUGAGCCAAGAUAAAACAGUGCUUUCUAACUUUGCAAUCGAUUUACCCAUCAAAAACCUGGUUUGACCGGUUUAAUUUUCCUAGGUUAGCUCUGCUUCUCCUGUGACUCGUCACGAAGAUGUUCGUAAACAGCAACUGGCUGCGCAGCUCUUCAGUGGUGUCACAGAGAAACCACGUUUAUCUUCAGGAAGGGGUCUUGUCAAUAAAAUCACUAAAACUCAAGGCAAACCAAGGACAUCAGCUGCUGAUCCUGGAUUGUCUUCAGCAAACGGUAGAGCGAUUUACUCAUCUGAAACAAGUUUAAAAGCUCCUGAUAAAUCAAAUAUGGACCUACUCCUUGAUGUUGAAAACAGCGAUGUUUGUGAUGUUGCAAAAGACGACUCUUCUUCCCUCGAGAAUGAUCUUAUUUCGUCUUUAAACGAUACAGAAGACAAGCCAUCUUCACGUGACGAAGUUAGGUCAUGGUAUUCCCAAGAGGCAGUCGAUUCAGACUCUUUCUUGGUUGUAACCCAAAGAGAGCAAGAGGAUUGUCAUAAAGCUGUCCAAAAGGUAUGUUGUUGGCUCACACAUAUUUUCUUUAGCUAAUGGUUUUUUUAAAAAGUUUUCAAAGAGUGUUAAGCAAGCAGUAUAUCGUAACUUUUGGUUUUUAUUAACGUCAAUUAGCCGCUCUAGACUCGACAACAUGUUGAAUGCUUUUUCUCAAGGGUGAGACCGAGAAGGGUAAUUUGUAUGCAUUUCUAAAACGAGAAUGAAAAUCAUGCCAAUGGUGGCCUCCAUUAUGAAAGAGGUGUAAAGUUAGUAAAAGAAUCAGAUAACGAACGAGGGAGUCGUGGAGUUCCAUCUUUUUCGAGGAAUCAAGAAUAUGUUUUGUAGGUUGUUUCUUGCGUGAAAUCCUAAAUAGCGAGGAGACUGUGAUCGUAGGAGCUUUUUGAGUUUUGUUUUUAACAGACAGGAUACUCUCACAAUGUAGCUCUCCAGCAGGGCCUCUUAGUAGGUAGCAGUGACCUGUCAAUGCCUCUAAAUGGGUCAAGGUGACCUGUAGAGGGUUGGCAUGCGAUCUAAAAGAAGUAGGAAUACUUCUUGUCGCUUUAUGCUGCAGAAAGGGAAGAAUCUCUGGUAGUCGGCGGCAGGAACAUUUGGGUCACUUCUUAAUCUAUUCAUAUAUUUUCUCUAUUUUCAGAAUACACCGUUACUUGAUGAGGAGAUCUCGGAACAUCUCCGAUUGGAGCUUAAAGGGACGCCAUCUGCAUCUUUGCCGGAAGAUUUGAUUAACUUCCCGCAUUCUGCGGAAGUUUUUGAAUUGUGUUUUGAUAGCAAUCUGCGUGUGACUCUUCAAAAAGUUUGGAAACCUUUAGAACUUGUACUGGUUCUUUACUUUACCAAUCAGAAUCAAGCAAACGUCCCGAUCCAUAACGUCAGCAGUGUGUUACAACCGCCCUCGAAUCUAAUUGGAUCGUUUGAUUCUUCGUCAAAUAGCAAUCUUCAUGAUGAAAGCAUCGGACCUCUAGAAUGGGUAAUACUUUUAUUAUCGUGUUUAAUUGAUAAUAAAUGUUAGUUUUUUUCUUACUUUUUCGUUGUUUACUAAUUUAAAAGAUGAAGAAAACAACUUUGAUAAUAUUCGAUUUAUUUUUUGAGGUAAAAAUUAGUCUUGCAGUCUCUUAAGACAAGAAAGAGCGGUUCGAGCUUUCUUAACCAUUGGAGCCCCCGACUUCUAGUGUCAUUCCUGAGUUUUCCAUUACAGAGUCAAAAACCAACAGUUUCUAAAGAGUUAUCCACAAGUAUGCUGUAAACUGAAAGUCAGGUGAUGAUGUUAAUGCUUUUAUAUUUUAUUGUUAGGUAAGGCACCGAGUUGUUUUGAAAUAUAAGUCUCCAGCGCUGCACAUGAACUUUGGUGGUAAGAUCUCUUACAAAGAUCCUAACAAAACAUUGAAACAUUUGUUCUUUAAUCACACUUUGAGCAUAAGUGAUAUUUUGCGGCCGCUUGUAAUAACCACAGAGGAGUACGGAGAAAAAUGGGCUGAAGCUUCGUUUGAAAAGAAACAGAAAAUUCCGAGCUCUUUGAAAACUUGCCAAGAAUUCGCAGAAAGAGUGAGAGAUGUGCUGAGAUUUCACCAGGUGGAUUUAAUAGGUGAGAAGUCUUUUCUGUGUUGCAGCUGACUUGUGGCUAAUUUUAAGCAAAACUUAUCGAACGUUUUAGCGAUGAUUUAAAAGGACUUAAAGAAGUUAACACAGCCCCAAGUUGUUAUGGGUAUGGUUGCUUAUCGUUGCUCUCGGGAAGCUCGCGUUUUGGGUCCAAUGUAAUGAGAACCCAUGAUUCCUUCCCCUCUAUCGUGUUAAAGAAACCAGAACGUUAAUCAAGUUAUGGUAAACAAUUAUUAGUUGGUCUUGUUUGAAGAGGUGUGAUAACUGUCUCCGAAGGUUUAUGUUUGUGCGAGGCAAAACUAAAGGUUGCAAAAUAGUUGACAGAAAAAAAAAAGGGAACAAACAUAAAUUUCGAUAAAAACAAACAUUACUUUACACAUUCCGUCAUUCUUUUCUAGGCACGAAAACAAUAUUUGCUGGUACCGUGAUGGAGUGUGGGAUAUGCUUGAUGCACGUCAGCUUUGGUGGAACCGAGUUUGAUAUGUCAAUCAAGUCCAAUAACAGACUGUUAAACGACGCGGUGAUGAAACAAUGUGUGACUGUCUUAAGAUGACAUGAGAAUGAAAGCCACUGCAGCUCUUAAUUUUGGCCUUGAUUUUUUGAGGCAAACGAGGCUUGAACCUGACUCCUUUGACUCCUCUGCUUCCUGUACUUUUUAACGAUAAUUUGGUCAGAGAUUGCUUUGAUGAACUGGAAACGUCGAGUGGAUUAUUCGCUACGUGACAUCAUAACUCAUGUAGAUAUCAUGUUUUUGACAUCUAUUUUUUGCCCUGAUGUCUCGGAACUGCUUCUUUUGAUUCUAACAAACUGAGAAUUUAAAGAUUUUAAAAGAGGAUUAUAAUUGUAAUAUCUACGUUAUUCAAAUUCUAUCAAAAAAAUUAAAAUAUGAAAAAUUUCUUACAAAUGAACUCAAAAAGCAUGGAUUUAAUAUACUGGAAAAAGCUUUGAGUCCUUGAAAAUAUCUCGGCAAAACUUUGUGACUCUUUUUAAAGCUUUCAGCAGGUACGCCUGGAAGAAUGAAUACAACACGCCUUUUUAAAGACUUGUUCAUAAUUAUUUUUGUUCCUCUCUGUUCAAUGUGUAUGUCAGUAAGGCGGAAAUUUCACGAUAAGACGAGAAUCUGAUAUUCUUCAGUCUACGAAACGUUAAAAAUAUGUCCUAACGAUAUGCAUGAGGUUUUUCCGUCAUUACUUUUCUUAUCUUCACAAAUCACCUUCGAUACCUGAGAUUACAGGCGUUUUUUUUUUCUAGCC